AUGGCGUCCUCUUUGUAUUGUUUAAAAUUUGUGUACUUGCUUUCUUUCCUCUCAACUAUUCAUCUCGUUGCCGUUCCCUCAUUUUCCUUUGUGCAACCUCUUUGCCAUGGUCACGAAAGGUCUUAUUUGUUGCAAUUUAAGGAAAGCUUUGCCAUCAUCAACAACAACAAGUCUAUUUCCUUUGAUCCAUCAGCUUAUCCCAAGGUUGCUUUCUGGACAUUAGAAGGAAACAAUAGUGACUGCUGCUCAUGGGAUGGGGUAGAGUGUGAUAAGUCCAAUGGCCAUGUCAUUGGUCUUGACCUCAAUAGCAGCUAUCUCUACGGUUCAAUUAACUCUAGCAGCAGCCUUUUCAAUCUUGUUCAUCUCCAAAGGCUUAAUCUUGCUGACAAUCAUUUUAACCACUCUCAAAUUCCAUCCACAGUUUCCAAUCUAUCCAAACUAACAUAUCUCAAUCUCACUAAUUCUACUUUUUCUGGUCAAAUCCCAUUAGAACUCUCACAAUUGUCCCAAAUGUCAUCCCUCGAUCUUUCUUACAACCAUUUGGAAAUCAAGAAUCCAAGUCUAGGACGUUUAGUUGAAAAUUUAACCUGCCUAGAAAAUCUUGAUUUGAGUUUUGUGAGCAUAAUAUCCAUUGUGCCUAAUAUCUUGGCAAAUUUGUCUUCUUUAACUUCCCUUCGUCUCUAUGACUGCAAAUUGCAUGGGGAAUUUCCAGUAGGCAUCUUUAAACUUCCAAAUUUACGAGUUCUUAAUGUGGGGAAAAAUAAAGGUCUCACCGGUUAUCUGCCUGACUUUCAAUGGAAGAGUCCUCUAGAGGAAAUGAUCCUCGCAAACACAAGUUUCUCAGGCAAGCUACCUGCAUCAGUAGGAAACCUUGGCUCUUUGACUGAAAUUGAUAUGAUGAGGUGCAACUUUUCUGGGCUAAUUCCAUCUUCUCUUGGUAACCUCACAAAUCUAAAUUAUCUGGAUCUUUCACUUAACACUUUCGAGGGCCACAUUCCAUCUUCCUUUGGAAACCUCAUCAAACUUUCUUUUCUGCACCUUGCCGAAAAUGAACUGAAUGGUACAAUCCCUUUUGAGCUUGCAAACUUGACACAACUGACUCACCUAUUUCUAUAUUAUAAUCAUCUUUCAGAUAAAAUCCCUUUUGGGCUCAUGAACCUCACAAAAUUAUCUUCCUUGGGCCUUGCGGGCAACCACUUUACAGGCCAGAUUCCAAGCUCAAUCUUUAACCUUGAAAAUCUUGAAGUUCUUGACCUUUCCGCAAACAACUUUGCUGGCGUUGUGGAGUUUGACAAGUUUGUUAAGCUCAGAAAACUAACUUCCUUGCAUCUAUCUGAUUGUGGAGUGUCAUUAAUUAUUAAUGAAACUAGUGACAAUACAACUCUUCAAAAGUUCCAAAAUUUAGGUCUCGGUUCGUGCAACUUGAGCAAGUUUCCAAACUACCUAGCAAACCAAGAUGAACUAAAAUGGCUACACCUCGCGACCAACAACAUUCAUGGACAAGUACCGGAAUGGUUUUGGAACGUGAGUAAAGAAAAUUUAGAGGUUAUCGACCUUUCUGAAAACUUUCUUACAAGCCUCGGUCAAUAUCCAGUUCCUCUUCCUUGGACCCGUCUAGCCAUUUUAGACAUCACUUCUAACAGGCUCCAAGGAUCACUUCCAAUUCCAUCCUUCUCCACCUUGGAAUAUCAUGUAUCAAACAAUUCAUUCACUGGAAAAAUUUCAGAGUUGAUUUGUAACAUGAGUUCUCUUCAAGUCCUUGAUUUGUCCAUUAACAACUUAAGUGGUUCACUUCCUCAAUGCUUGCACAACUUCGGUGAUUCUCUACUCAUAUUGGAUUUACGGAGGAACACAUUCGAAGGAAGUAUUCCACAAACUUGGACAAAUGGAAGCAAGUUAUUGAUGAUUAACUUCAGCCAAAACAAGUUUCAAGGGUUGUUACCAAGAUCUUUGGCCAAGUGUAUAAUGCUGAAGGCCCUUGAUUUCAGUAAUAACCAAUUCAAUGAUACUUUUCCCUCAUGGUUAGGAAACCUUCCAAAUUUAAAGCUUCUCAUUUUGCGGUCCAACAAACUCUAUGGCCCAAUAAGUACUCAUAAAGCAAAAUAUAAGUUUCCCAGCUUGCAAAUCUUUGACCUCUCAUACAAUAGUUUUACAGGAAGUUUGCCAUUAAAAUUCUUUCAAUAUUCCAAUUCUUCUAGAUUUGAUAGUGCAAACCUAACAUAUAUUGAAGUUACUUCAUCCUUUGUUGUGCAAAACAGUUUUCAAAAUUACUUAUGGGAUCUUAAGUAUAGUUAUGCAAUGAUAAUGACAAACAAAGGAGUGGUCACGGAUUACAUGAAAGUCCAAGAAUUUUUCAUAGCCCUUGAUUUCUCAAGUAAUAGAUUUGAUGGAGAUAUUCUAGAAUCCAUUGGAAAUUUAAAUCUAAAAGGCCUUUGUUUGCUCAAUCUUUCCAAUAACAUUCUCAUUGGCCACAUCCCACAAAGUUUGAGAAACCUUGUAAAUCUGGAAUCAUUGGACCUUUCUCAAAACAAGCUCUUUGGAGAAAUCCCUCAACAGCUAACAGAACUUACUUUCUUGGAAUCCUUCAAUGUUUCUCAUAAUCAUCUUGUGGGACCUAUACCUCAAGGAAAACAAUUUAAUACUUUUCCAAGCAAUUCAUUUGAAGGAAAUCCAGGGUUGUGCGGAAGCCCAUUAACAAAGAAAUGUGAGAGUUCUGAGGUUUCACUACCUUCACCUACAACUCCUGAAGAGAGUAAAGAUUUGGGUUCUCCAUUUCAAUUUGGUUGGAAAAUUAUUUUGAUUGGGUAUGGAUUUGGACUAGUUGUUGGAGUGAUUAUUGGACAGGUUGUGAGUGCAAGGAAUCAUGAUUGGUUAAUGAAGGCUUUCGGAAUGAGAAAACUGGUGAGGUGA